UAUAUAUAUAUUAGGCCACCCAACUCAUUACCUUGUACAACAACAACAACAGCACAGUGAACAGCAAUGGCGAUACUUCAUGGCAGUUGGGUCAAGAACAUCCUAGGAAACAAUGAUACAUCUUCCUUCCAUCAAUUCCUCUUCAACCCCUUCAUUUUGAACCCAUCAAAAUUUGUUUCCUUACAAAAUUAAUGCACAGAUAACAUCAACAUAUAGCAGAAAAGUUCCAACUUUCUUUCCAAUGGCCACACACACAAGUGAUUUAGCAGAAAAUGCUCCAUCUUAUGACAGAAAAAGUAAAUUGAAGGAAUUUGACGAGUCAAAGGUUGGUGUCCAAGGACUUAUAGAAAAUGGAGUAACAAAAGUUCCGCAAAUGUUCUAUUGUGGAAAUUCUAAUCUCAAUGAUGUCUCAAUCAGUGAAUCAAAUUCAAAGCUUAGUAUCCCUACAAUUGACUUAACAGGAAUCCACGAUGAUCCUGUUCUGAGAGAUGAAGUUGUGAGAAAAGUUCAAAAUGCUUGUGAGGAAUGGGGAUUCUUUCAAGUAAUAAAUCAUGGAAUUCCAACUCAUGUUUUGGAUGAGAUGAUCAAAGGAAUUUGUAGGUUUCACCAACAAGAUGCUAAGGUGAGGAAAGAAUACUAUGCUCGUGAUCUCACUAGAAAAGUUGUGUAUCUUUCAAACUUUACUCUUUAUCAAGACCCUUUUACUGAUUGGAGGGAUACACUUGGAUUUUUCUGGGCACCUAAUCCUCCCAAAGCUGAAGAACUACCAACAGUUUGCAGCGAUAUUGUGACUGAAUACUCAAAAGAAGUAAUGUCACUUAGUUCUUAUUUGUAUGAGUUAUUGUCUGAAGCUCUCGGCCUUGAUCGUUUUCACCUUAAAGAAAUGGGUGGUACUGAAAGUUUUUUCCAUGUAUGUCACUAUUAUCCACCAUGCCCUGAGCCAGAAUUAACCAUAGGCACUUGCAAGCACACAGAUGCUAGCUUUAUUACAAUACUUUUGCAAGAUCAUAUUGGCGGCUUACAAGUUCGUCAUGACAAUCAAUGGAUUGAUGUACCACCCAUUCAUGGAGCUCUUGUAGUGAACAUUGGUGAUCUUCUACAGCUUGUGAGUAAUGACAAGUUCAAAAGUGUUGAGCACAGAGUUUUAGCAAACCAUGUAGGUCCAAGAAUUUCAAUUGCAUCUGUUUUUAGAACACAUGAUCAUUCACCUGAGGAUAUGGAGAAAGUGAUUGGUCCAAUUAAAGAACUGUUAUCUAAAGAAAAUCCACCAAUAUACAGAGAUACUUCUUUCAAAGAAUUCUUGACACAUCGUUUUACAAAUGGCGUUGGAGUUUCUGCACUAUCACCCUAUAAGCUGUGACUUAUGAACAUAUUUCAUGUAAUCUUUGGAUGUAUAUUCUUGGAUUUAAGGUUGUUACACAAAGAAGCAACUUAGUGUUUAUUUUCGGUGAAUCUAUUGUUAAACUCUUGAAGUUCUCUAUCAAUAAUUUUGUUUCCCUUUGUAGA